AUAAGCGCUGUGUCGGCUAUAGAGAGAAUUAGAGGAAAUAACAAAGCACAACAAGCAACAAGGGCGUGUAGAACAACAGGAAACAUCACAGGAAACGUGGAUAUAAACGUAGCUGACUGGAUGAGGAGAGGCAGAAAUCAGGACGCAUUCCUCGCUGCUGCUGCUGCUGCUGCUGCUGCGUCCCCGGAUCCUUCCGUACCUUCACCGGAGGAUGCUGCAUCUCUUGAACCGCUGCUCCCUGCUCACAAUCCGCCGCUCGGUCUCCCUCAUCAGCACCUGGAUGUGAAUAUCAGGACGUGUGUGAACAGAAAGGUGGACUGAACAUUUAGGAGGGUUUAUUUUUCUCUCUCUCUCUCUGCGAGGAUUUGGCUGGAGCGCGGUCCUAAUCGGUCGCAUCACCGCCGACUUCAGUGAGACGCAAAGGAGGAAAAAAAAAAAAAAAAGACGAGCUUGAUCAUCUCCUCACUGUUCAAUUAUUAAGGAGACCUCAAGACCAACAUAUGCUGGAAUCUUUGUCUAACAUCCUCCGUGCAUGAUCUUUGAAGCGGGCUUGAGGUGGCGGUGACACGGAUGAAAGCCGAUGGCCAGGCGCCCCAGAUUUCCUCAGAAGGGGGAUGCAACCUAAAAUAACCCCGGUGCCAAAUGCUUUCCGCACAGCCGAGGGAGCCCUGAAUCUGUGACACCUUCGGCUUCUCCGGAGACUCUCCCCCCCUGUCCUGUCCUGUCCUGUCCCCCCUCCUCCACCAUACGGAGCCCGGACACCGGCGACUUUUUAAUGGCUUUUGUGUUCAGGAGAUGGAGGGUUUUACUGGUGCUGAACGUGCUCGCCGUCGCUGGCUUCAUGACUUACUGGACCAAGUGCAACACGCGCAGCGUCCAAGCCGCCGGUCUGGAUGCUCCGGCUGACGGGAAGAGGCCCCGGGGCAACGGGACGGCGCAGGGGCCCAGCGUCAGCCAUGAGGUGCUGCUGAAGAGGCUGAGCUCGCUGGAGGACGUGGUGUACAGGCAGUUGAACGGUCUAUCUAAAUCUCUGGGUCUGAUUGAGGGCUUCGGGGGUCGGGGUAAAGGCGGCCUCCCUGCCACGCUGUCACCAUCUGAGGAGAGCGACGCCAAAUACCUGAGGGAGAAGUACGGCUACAACGCCUACCUCAGCGACAGAAUCUCUCUGGAUCGGACCAUACCGGACCACCGGCCUGGCAAAUGCAGAAAGGUCAGCUACCCGAGAGACCUCCCCCAGAUCUCCCUCAUCUUCAUCUUUGUCAACGAGGCUCUGUCGGUGAUCCUGCGCUCAGUCCACUCGGCUGUCAAUCACACGCCGGCUCACUUGCUCAAAGAAAUCAUCCUGGUGGACGACAACAGCGAUGACGAGCAGCUGAAAGGUCCGCUGGAGGAGUACGUGAACAAGCGCUACCCCGGCCUGGUGAAGAUCGUCAGGAACCAGAAGAGAGAGGGACUGAUCCGAGCCAGAGUCGAGGGCUGGAAGGUGGCCACCGGCGAGGUGGCGGGCUUCUUUGACGCCCACGUGGAGUUCACCCCGUCCUGGGCCGAGCCGGUUCUGGCCAGAAUAAAAGAGGACCACAAGAGGAUCAUUCUGCCCUCCAUCGAUAACAUCAAGCACGACACGUUCGAGGUGGAGCGCUACGAGAACUCGGGCCAUGGCUACAACUGGGAGCUGUGGUGCAUGUACAUCAGCCCGCCCAAACAGUGGUGGGACGAGGGCGACAUAUCUGCUCCCAUCAGGACUCCCGCCAUGAUCGGCUGCUCCUUCGUGGCCAACCGUCAUUACUUUGGCGAACUCGGCCUGCUCGACUCGGGCAUGGACGUCUACGGAGGGGAGAAUAUCGAACUGGGCAUCAGGGUGUGGCUGUGUGGAGGCAGUAUGGAGGUGCUGCCUUGUUCCAGGGUGGCUCACAUCGCUCGGACGAAGAAACCCUACCACAGUAACAUAGCUUUCCACACGCGGCGUAACGCUCUACGAGUGGCUGAGGUCUGGAUGGACGAGUACAAGUCCAACGUCUACCUGGCCUGGAACAUCCCCAUGGAGAACCACGGUAUUGAUUACGGAGACGUCUCUCCGAGGGUUGCGCUGAGGAAGAAACUGCAGUGUAAAAGCUUUGAGUGGUACCUCGACAAUGUUUACCCAGAGAUGAGGAGGUACAACAACACCCUGUUCUACGGAGAGAUUCGUAACUCCAAAGCGAGCCACCUGUGUAUGGAUCAGGGUAUGAAGGAGAACCACACGGCCACCCUGCACCCCUGCCAUGGAUGGGGUCCUCAGUUGGGACGUUACACCAAAGAGGGUCAGCUGUUCCUGGGCGCUCUGGGCAGCACCGGCGAGGACACUCACUGCGUGGUGGACGAUCAGGUCAGCAACCUCCCUCAGAUGCUCAACUGUGACAAGAUCAGCAACGUGAAGCAGAAGACGUGGCACUUCUCCCAGAAUGCUUCGAUCAUAAACCGAGCCUCGGGACGCUGUCUGGAGGUCGUGCCAGCUAAGGUUUACUUUGGCCACCUGCUGGUCCUGCAGCCCUGCUCCGGGCAGAGGUGGAACAUCAAGAACACCAUGAAGCCGUAGUCUACGGGCCAAUUUCACUGGGACCAAUGACACCACAGGACAUUUUCAGGAGCUCUUACCUGACCUCAGCUCGGCCUGAGAGAAAACUGAUGAGGCUGGAGAAGCUCCUCUUCUUAACAAAACGCUGAGACGGUGAUCUGAGCUGGGAACAUCUCAGUGAUACAUUUUCUGAAAAAAACAAAUCUUUUUUAUUUACGAACUGAACAUUCAAGUUUAGCAUGAGGACUCCAUCUGAAUUUGACAAACCUUCAGUGUGACGUUGCCAUAUUUCCUGUACGUGCCACUUCUUUACGGUGUGUUUUAGGUUUAAGGGUGCGGACUUCAGCCAAAAGUGUGUUCUGUCUCAUGUCGAGAGCGGUCGCUGUCCUUCAAAAUGUUUCUGCAUUGUUUCAUUCUGUGUCAUGUUAGGUCUUUUAAGGUGAAUAAAAGAAUACAACUUUCAGUAAUAUGCACUGAUCAGAAUACGUUGGUAGGUUGACAUUUUAGCUUAAGAUACC